AUGCGCCUCCUCUCAACAACAACCCCCGUCGUCGUCCUCCUCCCCCUCCUCUCCCUCACCACAGCCUACACCCCCCUCCCCGACUCCCUCUUCUCCUCCAUCACGCCCCCGCUUCCAACAGACUUCGACAUCCUCCCCUCGCAACCCCUCUCCCUCCUCUCCCCGCUCCUCAUCCCCCGCGUCCCCGGAACGCCAGGCCAAAUCCGCGCCCAAGAACAUUUCAUUAAAUUCUUUACCAAAAACCUUCCCGAAUGGGAGAUUAGUUGGCAAAACUCCACCGGGACGACGCCCGUGACGGGGGAUAAGCAGGUUCCCUUUCAGAAUAUAAUACUCCGGCGGGAACCACCCUGGACGAAGAAACGUGGGCCGGGGCAGGCGAGCUUGUUGACGCUUGUGGCGCAUUAUGACAGCAAGAUUGAGCCAAAGGGCUUUAUCGGGGCGACGGACAGUGCGGGGCCUUGUGCGGUGUUGAUGUACACCGCGAGGGAGAUUGAGAAGGAGUUGGUCAAGAUGUGGGGCGCACAAGAUGGGGGGAAGGUUGAGGAGGGGGAGGAACGGAACCGGAAGACGGGGGAGGAUGUGGGGGUCCAGAUCUUGUUGCUGGAUGGGGAGGAGGCUUUUGAUAGGUGGACGGAUACGGAUAGUUUGUCACUGGCGCAACACUGGGAGGCUAACCCCUACCCGGCCAUGUCCAAGUUCAAGAACCCGAUGAGGCAGAUCAGCUUGUUUGUCUUGUUGGAUUUGUUGGGAAGUGCUAGUCCGAGGGUGCCGAGUUAUUUCCAGUCGACGCACUGGGCGUAUCAGAGGAUGGCGAGCAUUGAGGGAAGGAUGAGGCAGAUGGGGAUAUUGAAGACGAGUCCCAAGGAGCCGUUCUUGCCGGAUGGGGGGAAG